GCUGUGAUCGUUGUCGCCAGACCCCCCGGCUGCCUGUUUUGGUGCCUCUGUUGCUGUCGCAGGCCCCCCUCCCCGCCCUCCCCCCCCGAGCCCCCCUCAGCCCAGCCCCCCAGACACGGCAGCAGCGGCCCGCAGAGUGACUGACAGACAUGAGCUCCAAACUCUCCUCGGACUGGAUCCCUUACAGCACCUUGGAUGAUGAAGGCAGUAACCUUCGGCAGCAGAAGCUGGACAGACAGAGAGCCCUGCUGGAACAGAAACAGAAGAAGAAGAGACAGGAGCCGCUGAUGGUUCAGUCCAAUGUGGACGGGCGUUCCCGGGCCCGCAGGACCAAGCAGAGCGAGGAGCAGGCCCCACUGGUGGAGUCCUACCUGAGCAGCAACAGCAGCACAAUCUACCACGUACAAGAAGCGGAGCAGGAGGAGGGCAAGGUUGUGGCGGAGACCCAGCCUCCCCGCUCGGCCAAAAAGGCCAAGGCAUCGGCCUGCUCCACGCCGCAGACAGGCAGCGCCAAGAAGGAGAGGAAGGGAAGGCACAAAGGGCUCGACGGGCCAGCUUCCUUCCAGGAGGAGGGUCAGAUCCAGAUCCUGACCGUGGGCCACCUGGCCACAGAAGAGGCCAGUGAGGGCGACUCUGUGGGCAGUGCUCCUUCACAUGGCAAGCAGGAUCUCAGGGUCACCAUGCUCAAGAAAGGCAUUUCUAGCAGUAUGAACUUUGAUGAAGAGGAGGAUGAUGAGGACGAAGUCAGCUCUAGUUCCUCCCAGCUCAACAGCAACACAAGGCCCGGGUCUGCCACGAGCAAGAAGUCCUGCAAGGACGCCGCCUCCGCGUCCACACCCGCCAUUAGCGAGCCCGCCAUCGACGUGGACGACCUGGAGGAGUUCACCCUGCGCCCCGCCCCCCAGGGGGCCACGGUGAAGUGCCGGAUCACCCGGGACAAGAAGGGCAUGGACAGAGGCAUGUACCCCACAUACUACCUCCACCUGGAGAGGGAGGACGGCAAGAAGGUGUUCCUGUUAGCUGGGAGGAAGAGAAAGAAGAGUAAAACAUCUAAUUACCUCAUCUCCAUCGAUCCCACGGACCUGUCACGAGGUGGUGAGAGCUUCAUUGGAAAGCUAAGGUCUAACCUCAUGGGCACCAAGUUCACCGUGUAUGACAGCGGGCUGAACCCAGCCAAGACCCCUUCUAGUCUGGAGGCUGAAAACCUGCGUCAGGAGCUGGCAGCAAUAUGCUACGAGACCAAUGUGUUAGGGUUUAAAGGACCUCGGAAGAUGAGCGUCAUCAUACCUGGGAUGAACAUGGACCACGAGAGAGUGUCUAUUCGCCCACGCAAUGACCAUGAGUCUUUGCUGGCGCGGUGGCAGAACAAGAGCACCGAGAGUGUGAUCGAGCUGCACAACAAGACCCCUGUGUGGAACGAUGACACGCAGUCCUACGUGCUCAACUUCCACGGCAGGGUCACCCAGGCCUCCGUCAAGAAUUUCCAGAUCAUCCAUGACAACGACCCGGACUACAUCGUGAUGCAGUUUGGCCGCGUGGCAGAGGACGUGUUCACCAUGGACUAUAACUACCCUAUGUGUGCCCUGCAAGCCUUUGCCAUCGCUCUCUCCAGCUUUGACAGCAAGCUGGCAUGUGAGUAGUGAUCGUUCCAGCUCCCCACCCCCCAAAUCUGCUGCCCCUUCUGGGAAGCUACCUGGCCUGUAUGACCUAUGACCCUGCCCCCAAAAGUGAAGGUGUUCAGGUGUCCACUGACCUGCCUAUCGCUUGAAGGGCUGACACUAUCCAUGGAGCCUGACUGAAGCCCCCAACAGUGAAAAACCCGCAACUAUAGUGGAUCUUUGAACGGUGUGGAGGCUCAACCCAUGUGUGUGUUGGUGUGCAGGCAUGCGUGCAUAUGUGUGUGUGUGUGUGUUUGUCAGUCUUCAAAUGCUCCCCAGGACUAUUCUAUUGUCUGUUUCGGACAAAGGUAGAAUCUUAGUCAGAGGAGAAAACAAGCACAAAGACUAAUCCACUGUCGUGUUUGAAGUCCUUAAUGUUUCUUACUGAUCUACGUACACCGCUUAUGUAGACGUUUUAUAAUUCUAACAGUUCUUAAAACAAUUGAUUAAUGACUUUACAAUAAUUGCAUAUGAUUGCAUAAUAACACUAACAAUUGUCCAGCCUCAAAUUCUGUUUGAAUGGGUUGAAUUUGGCCCAUACUGUGCGAUGAUUGUGUUGAAGUGACUAACCUCUUAAUUUUCCUCUUAUAUAAUGAGAAGGCUUCUCAUUCCCAGCUGGGGUUACAAAGGAGGAGCUAUAUUUAUCACAUAAUUAACUUCUGCCGUUAGAUGAAUAAUUAUAUCAUUUAGAACUACAGAUGCAUCAAUUUUAACAUCCCAUUAUUUACACAUAGGAUCAAAUAAAUUCCAUGCAAUCUCCCCUUGAAAUAUUAACAUUCUUUUAUUUAUAUUGUUAUUUAUAUAUUUAUACAGUUUUAUGAUGUUGUUUUCUGCAUUGUCAUUUUCAUUUAUGUCUAUCUGAUGGCCAGAAGCACACAGCAUUUCCCCACUUGAUAGAAGGGAAUAUCCGUCCACAUUAACAAGAUAAAUAAUUAGACUGCGAGGCAUGAUGGGGUUUGUUAGUGUGUACAGGAUAUGACUCUAGUCAGAGAAUGUAGAGGAAGGAGCACUUUAACUGACAUGUAUGGUGGAUGUGAAUUAGCUGUACAUAUUGUAAUUGUGCCUUUGGAGAUUAAAUCCAGUAUAAUGCUUUAUCUAGAAAUAUUUCAUGAUCUCUGCGAAAAGUACCUUGUCUUGUUAUCAGCCCCUUGUGUUUUAGACCUGAGGCGUGCCCAUUGUAACGUAGUAUCUUCCAAGAAAAGAAAGAGCUUCUCCUCAGUAAAGGCAGUUAUACAUGAAAGUGCACAACAGCGAGUAAGCAUUUGCAGCGGCAGCCACUAAUGUUCUAACAUUCGAACUCUAACCCCAUCCCUCCAUCCUGUAGGGGUCAUACCACCUUGUCAUGUGCUCUUCCUCUGGAAAACAGCGAAUGAUGGAUUAUUUUGGUUGAUCAUAUUUUUACUCUUAAAAAAAUUGAUAUGUCUUCUCACGUCAAGAGGGCCAAAAUCCUUUAUUGAAAUACAAAUCUAUUUUAUAUUUUAUUAUUACUCAAUGUACAAUUUUGUCACAUGAAGGAAAAUAGCAAAGAACAAUCUCCGAUGCCUCCUGUUGUUACUGCGAGUUUUAAAAAGACUGUCUACUUUAAUCCAAUGUGCUGUUCUUGUACCUUAUUGUGAUCUAACUAUACUGAAUACCAAGCAAACUUCUGUGAUCUUUGCAGGAAAAAAAAGACUGAGCUUUUCAUACAAGUUUCUUUGUGUCCGGGUGCAAAAAGUCAAUUUAUUAAAUGUGUUCUAGUGC